AUGGACUCGGACGGUUCUGAUAUCCCAGACAAAUUUCUGAACGAGCUAACAUCUAGCAUAACUCCACAGAUUGUUACAAAUACAAACAAAAGGGGCGAAAUGCUCACACGUUUACUCACUCACUAUGUGAACGCAUAUAAUAACACUAGCGAGAAGUUUAAAUCGAUAGAAUCAUCCCUUGUCAGUACCACCGAGGCAAUUAGAGGGAAUAUAGGAAACCUCUUGGAGAGGGGAGAGUUGAUCGAUUCUAUAGUUUCAAAAUCAGAGGACUUGAGGGACAGUACCUUUGCGUUCAGAAAUACCGCAAAGCUGGAAAACUCUUCAUUCAUUUCCCGUUUUCUCUAUGAGAAUAUUAAAAACAAACGCAUUUUUAUCGCACUCACGGUAUUUUUGAAUGUCUUGAUAAAGCAUGGUUUAGGUUAG